AUGGGGUGCUGCGGAGACCGCGAAAAGGGAACUACUGUGACGGAGGAGCAGAAGUGGACUUAUAUCAACUUGUCCGACUUCAAGUCUACAUCUUGCCUCGCGCCUUUCUCUUACGCCUGGCUGUGGAUUCUCGUCGUCAUCUCAUGCGCCGUCUACGCCGCCGAUGCCUUUACCGCCGUCAACCUCCUCGCUUUCGACAAAUGGACGAGCCAGGUCAAACCUACCGUGCCUUUCGACAUUGCCAAAUGGAUCUUCGCCAUCACCAUCAUCGUCUCCUACGUCUUUCUCGCAUACCGAUGGAUCCGGGCUCUGCGCGUCAUGCGGACAGGAAGUGUCACGGAAUGCUACCUCGAGCCAUUGGCGGCUAUACUGCAGAGUAUGCGCAUCACAAAGACUGGACAAGGCUGGCGCCGCUUCCUGGUCUUCGCUGAGUUGACCAAGAGUAAAAAGGGUGCCAACUACAUCGCGCUCUUCGUAUACUUCCAGUUCAAGAGCGCUCUUCUCAUCAUUGUCGCCCAGGGACCUCGCAUUGCCCUCAAUGCCAUGACUUUAUACGCCGUCAUGCAAGCGCAGCUCAUCCCCGUCGGCGAGCACGCGUCAGAAGAUCGCUCCAACUUCGAGCAAUUCUUCAUGAACAUCAAGCUCAUGGUCGAGACCGGCAACAAGCAGGAAACGGUCAUCUACUUCACCAUGUUGUUCUCUCUCGUCAUCUGGGUCAUCGCUGCGCUGGGUCUCAUCAUCGCUGGUAUCUUGUACCUCUUCUUCCUCUGGCACUACAUCCCCAAGGCUGAUGGCAGUCUUACCAACUACUGCCGACGCAAGGUCGAGACCCGUCUGGAGCGUAUUGUGGGCAAGAAGAUUAAGAAGGCCAUCGAGAAGCAGAACCAGCAGCUGAAGAGGGAGGAGGAGAGGGCCAUCAAGAAGGGCGAAUUUGACGCUUCCAAGUCCCGUCCUACGCUACCCAAGCUCGAAGGCGACGAUGACGAUACAUCGACCGUCUUCUCGCUGCAACGAUCCGACACGAUGCAGACCACCGCGACACUGCCCCCGUAUACCCUCGCAAACACACCUUCAUACAGAACAAACCCGGAGCGAUCGAACACCUCGAACUCCGGCCGGAACUUGAUGAACAAGCCGUCUCUGCCCACGCUAGACGAGCGACCUGGCAUGCCAGAACGGGACGCACAAUUCACAAACUUCUCGACUGCCAGCUUCGCUUCAAACGCGCCAAUGCUGAACCAGGCAGGAGGUAUGGGCAGGUCGUCGCCUGCACCACAAAUGCCACCUCUAGACCGUAACGGCACUGGGUACUUUGGCCAGCAAGACAACCUGCCUUACCAGUCCGACCGACCCUUCACACCAAUGUCACAGGGCAGAGCGUCCCCACUCCCACCACGUGGGCCCAUGCCCCCUGUGGAUACAAGCUACAACAACGGGCGAUACGAGAACGAUCCUCAACUCAUCACUCCCCUCGAUGCGCGGAAUACACCACAACAAGCUCACCCCAACCGACCGUACCAAGAGUUCAGCCCCUACGACAGCCGGGGUCCUCAGAUGGGCCCGGAGUAUGAGCUGUCACCUGUCGAUGUCAACCCCACAGAAGAUAUCUCGCAGCACUACUUCUCGGACUCAAAUGGACAGCCCGACUACCAGCCACCUCAAAUGCCCAGCUUAUUAAGAGCCGGCUCGCCCGCCCCAUCGCAGCCAAUGGGCCUACCAUCUCAACCACGCUCAGGUACCGCGCCUCCACGAUCUGGCACUGCACCACCCCGAGCUGGUGUCCCAGCAUCACUACAAUCAGCAAUCCAGCGUCGCGAAGCCUCGCAACCUUUCCCCAACCGAGGCAUGAAUGGCUCAGCGCCACCUCAACAACAACAACGAAGUGCAACGGCACCGAUUCAACAACCAGGUUGGGCUCAGGGACCUCCUGCCCGUAGCUACACACCUCAGGGUCCCGGCCCCCAACGUAGCUACACACCCGUCUCUGGACCCCAACAGCAACAGCAACAACGCAGUUACACCCCCACUGCGCCUCGUGGCUACGACAACAGCUACAACUACUGA